UUGCGGCGCAGACCGGCAUUUGAUAGCGACUCAACGCUUCUUAGCAGGUAUUCAACAGUCCGGUUUGUUGCAACUGAACUGACGCGUCUCUUUACUCAGCAACCACCAGCUUUUUUUUGGUAGAUUUUUAUUUUAUUUUUGAUCGAGGAGCUUCCCACUUAUCCUGUGCGGCUUUUCAGUCCUCAAGGAAUGCCCAGAGAGCUGACCCAGAAUAGGAUCCAAAAGAUCUGGGUUCCUACCAAGGAUGACAAGCCGGCGCCCCGGAGAGUGGCUGGGUCCCCCCACCUUGCCAACCCCCCGACCGUCAUCGUGAUGGUCGGGCUGCCGGCUCGAGGCAAGACGUACAUGUCCAGGAAACUCACACGCUACCUCAACUGGAUCGGCAUGCCCACCAAAGUUUUCAACGUGGGGGAGUACCGCAGGGAGGCGGUCAAGAACUACAGCUCCUAUGAUUUCUUUAAGCCUGAAAAUGAAUGUGCAGUGAAGAUCAGGCAGCAAUGUGCCUUAGCAGCCCUGAGGGACGUCAAGUCCUACUUGCAGGAUGAGGGAGGCCAAGUAGCGGUCUUCGAUGCAACAAACACAACGAGGGACAGGAGAGAGAUGAUCCUCCAGUUCGGCCGUGAGAAUGGCUUUAAUAUCUUUUUCAUCGAGUCCGUCUGUGAUGAUCCUAACGUCAUUGCGUCCAAUAUAAUGGAAGUGAAGGUGUCCUGUCCAGAUUACAAAGACUGCAACAAGACUGAUGCCAUGUUGGACUUCCAAAGGAGAAUUGAAUGUUACAAAGCUAGCUACCAACCUCUAGACCCUGAUCAGCAUGACAGGGAUCUAUCCUUCAUCAAGGUGAUCGAUGUGGGCCGCCGCUUCCUGGUCAACCGCAUCCAAGACCACAUCCAGAGCAAGAUCGUCUACUACCUGAUGAACAUCCACGUCCAGCCACGUACCAUCUACCUGUGUCGACACGGAGAGAGCACAGAUAACCUGGAGGGACGGCUGGGGGGUGAUGCCGGCCUCUCGCCGAGGGGCAGACAGUUUUCUGCAGCCUUGGCGGCGUUUGUGGAGGAGCAGCAGCCGAAGAAUCUUAAGAUCUGGGCCAGUCAGUUGUGUCGCAGCAUCCAGACCGCCGAGCAUCUGGGGGUCCCGUACGAGCAGUGGAAGGCUCUCAAUGAAAUAGAUGCGGGAGUGUGUGAGGAGAUGACGUACGAUGAGGUUAAAGAGAAAUUCCCUGAAGAGUUUGCCCUGAGGGAUGAAGAUAAAUACUACUACCGCUACCCUGCUGGAGAGUCCUACCAGGACCUGGUCCAGAGGGUGGAGCCGGUCAUCAUGGAGCUGGAGCGUCAGGAGAACGUUCUGGUCAUCUGCCACCAAGCUGUCAUGCGUUGCCUCCUUGCCUACUUCCUGGAUAAAAGUGCAGAUGAGAUGCCCUACCUGAAGUGUCCCCUGCAUACAGUGCUGAAGCUCACCCCUGUGGCCUACGGGUGCAAAGUGGAGUCCAUCUCUCUAAAAGUGGAGGCGGUGAACACUCACAGAGAAAGACCAGAGGAGGUGAAGAGGGGUCCCGGAACUUUGAUCAGGAGGAACAGCGUGACUCCCCUGACCAGCCCCGAGUCAAACAUUAAGAAACCUCGCAUAGACGAUCUGGAUGAAGCUCCCAUCCAGGAGCUCCCUCACUCGGUGGCUUCACUGGCCCUUUGCAGCCCGACACACCUCCCUCUUGCACUGGCCGGCCAGCACUGGCUGGGUAAAGUUUGCCUGACCUGAGGAGACACUCGUGUGGCCGCCAGGACGUCCCGCAGCACUGCCUUUGAGAACGGCACGAGUCCUCCUGAGUCCUGAAAGUGUAAAACUCACUCAUAAAUCUCUUUGAAAUGAAAAAAGGAUCUUAUUUUUCACAUUAUGGUAUUUAAAUGAUACGGUCUGAUCAAUCCAAAGAUGUCACUUCAACGCAAAAAUCAUCACUUCCAUGCCUUCAAGAUAUUUUUACUAAUCGAUUUGUAAGCAAACUGUGAUUCAUUUAAAUAUCAAUUCUAUUAUGUGUUGUCAUUGGAUUGUAUUUGUUACGCUGUUUUUUUGAUGUGUCAAGGCGGAGCCAGAUUUUUCAAUCGACAUGCCACUAAAUGAUUUUGCACAUUCAGAAUGCAUUCAGUUUGAAUUUUUAUGUGUCACAGUGUCUUUAAUGUGCUUCGUUCCAAGCUGAUUUUUGCCGUAGAGUGCCUGUAGUGCUUGUUUUCCAAGCCUAUCGCUUUCUCUGAUGAUACGUUUUACCACCUAAUAACCUCACAUAUCAUUCAAAUAGCUAACACUGAACUGGACUGAAUUGAACAGGGUUCCUCUCGGCACUGUCAUUUCUUAAGUUCCUUGCUGUCGUUGUUUGCUACGCACAAAUGUAAGCACCUCUAUUUUUCUCUUAGGGAAGCGUGCUGGUAAUAAUAUGUCUGUAAAUAUCAGUGUACAUACAGUCAAAGUGGAGAUGGAUGGAAUUUUCUGGGAGUCUUGUAUGAAAAUGUUAUGUUUAAAUGGCAUGUUAGUUUGACAUACUUGAAAAGUGUUUUUUUUUUUAAAUUGCUUUAUUUAUUUUUGUGUCGUUUUUGAGAAGAGAGCGGGACGUGACUAUUUGAACCUGACUGCUAUGCAGGAAAGGACAGUCUGUUGUGUUGAUUUUGCAUCUGCUGGACCAAUAAACCGAC